GAAGACACAAACAAGCAGCUUCAACAAGUAGCACGUGUGCAACAAAGACACAACCUCCAAAAAGAGGCAACUCUGGACUGGAAAACCAACUCCAGCUGCUGCUCCUCAUUGUUAGCAUCUGAAGUGAGCAGGCUAGCGUUAGCAUGUUUGUUGUUGCUCUCCAGUCACGUCGCAACAUCACGAGGAGUCACGUUAAACGGACUCCGCUGAGACAGCAUCUGUGCUGACGGCUCAAGUACCUGCAGAGUUAAACGUGUUGAGACCCAUUCAUAAAUCCAGUGACUUAGAAGAGGGAACCCGGAAGUGAAAAAAGACACAGCAGCGUUCUGCACGCUCUGCUCCCACGUGGUGGCGACAGAAGCCGGCUGUCAGGUUUGCAAAUGUCGUUGAUGUGGACGGUGAAGGUGCUCGGCCUGGGUGUGGUGGCUCUCUCUCUCAGCGUGGAGCUGCUCAGCCGGCUCCUCCAUCGCCUCAGGCCCGGCGGGCCCCUCAAUGAGGCCCUCUUCUUCCCCUCAGAGCUGGCCUGUGUGGAGCACAUCUUCACGUCCCUGUCGCCCCGUUCCUGCCUCUGCCCGUUGCCUCAUGGCGUUGAGACCUCUUUCUCCCGUCUUCUCCGGCGCAUCCUGUCCGCGACCUCCUCUCUGGACCUGUGCGUCUUCGCCUUCUCCAACAUGGGCCUGAGCAGGGCCGUGCUGGCGUUGCACAGCAGGGGCGUCACCGUUCGAGUCCUAACCGACAAGGAUUACACCGCCAUCCCAGGCUCCCAGAUAGGGGUCCUCCGCAAGGCCGGGAUCUGCGUGCGGUGCGACGCCAGCCCCGUUCACAUGCAUCACAAGUUUGCGGUGGUGGACGGCCGGCUGCUCAUCACCGGCUCCCUCAACUGGACGCUGGCGGCAGUGCAGAGCAACAUGGAGAACGUCCUGGUCACCGAGGAACCGGACCUGGUGCGACCCUACGUCAAGGAGUUCCUCAGGUUGUGGGAGCGCAACGACCCGGGCCAGAUGCCUCCGCACGAGUGACCAAAAAAAACUGCCACCGACUGACUGAAUAGCCACGGUGAAUCCUGAGCCAGAGCUCAUCAACCGUCAGGCCAGAAGGUAUGAAAGUUAAGUCAGCUGGGUCACAAAACAUUGACUGAAUCUUUUACCUUUUCCUGUCAUGUCGAGCUUUUGACUCUUUUGCUUUUGUCCUCCUGAGGACUAAAAGUGACAAUGUUGCUGUUCAAGAUGAUGGAAAGUUUUAAACAUGUAUCAUAAGAGUUGUCUGAUAUACCAGGCCAGUUUCUUCUUCUAUUUCACUGUUUGGCUCAGUGCCUAAAAUGAGGAUAGCACAUAGAUGUUUCCAGCUCUACCUCUGUUUGUGUUAGGUGAGAACAUUUCUUGAGUCCCCUUUUUUUG